AUGCCGUCUUCGUGGUACCGUUGUAUUUACCGCUGUUGUUGCUGUCAGUGUUAUACAAAUAUUGGCGAAACGGAGAACAGUGCCAGCAACAGCGGUGGAAAUAAAUCUACCGGUGGACAAUGGGAUAUUUAUUUAGAUUCUCAAUAUGAUACAUUGACUGGCUCUCUUAUAAUUGCAUCGGAAGAAAGUGACACAUGUUUCGAAUAUAUUCAUCGAUCUUUUCAUAUUCUGAGUAUCAGCAUUCCUAUUAUUCUUAUCGAAGCAAUAUUGGUGACAAUAUUCAGUUUAAUGUUUAUAUUUGGAUGUAAAUAUUCAAAUGAUUGUCCAAUACAACCAUUACUUAUUAUCUAUCAUCUUAUUGGGGGUGGUGUUGGUUCUCUUUUUUGGUUAUGGUUAAUGUUACGAGCGUUACGUAGAAGGCGACAAGAAUCCGGCCUUGAAGAUGAUGAUGAUACCGAUUAUGAUGCACAUUUAGAAGAUAGUUCUGGCGGCCAGAGACUAAAAGAUAAUGGUAUUUGGUUUAUGGAAUUAUUAGCGUUUAUUUUUCUUGUUGUUUCUUUUUCGAUGGGAAAUUAUUGGACAUGGUCCAUUUUUUGGCCAGCUCAAGAUAUGACUGAGACUCAGCCAAUUCAUUGGUGUAAUCAUUCAUUAUAUAUAUUUACGCUGGUUUCUAUUGGAAUGAUUUAUGUGUUGGCUAUAUUUAUUAUAUUAUUUAUAUUUUCAUUCCUAAUUUUUGCAAGAUAUUGUGCCCGCGUAUUGAUUAACGAAUAA